ACUGUUUGCGCAGUUGGGGCCAAAUCCAACAGUCGAAAGUAGCUUUAGCGAAGGGGGCUUUGAAUGACUUUGUCCCCGUGUGGUUUCACGUGAAGAAAAGUUCUUUGGAGGACAGUUCGGUUCUGGUAUCGGCGCUAAUGGAGGCCCUUAUACCAGUCAUUAAUAAGCUGCAAGAUGUAUUUAACACAGUCGGUGCGGAUAUCAUUCAGCUGCCUCAGAUUGUUGUUGUUGGAACCCAGAGCAGUGGGAAGAGCUCUGUUUUAGAGAGCCUCGUCGGCCGGGACAUCCUACCGCGCGGAACCGGCAUCGUGACGCGUCGGCCCCUCAUCCUCCAGCUUGUGCACAUCGACUCAGAGGAUCGCAGGAAAACCAAUGAAGAGAAUGGCAUCGAGGGAGAGGAAUGGGGUAAAUUCUUGCACACCAAAAACAAGAUCUACCCAGACUUUGAGGAGAUGAGGAAAGAGAUUGAAGCAGAGACGGAAAGAAUUACGGGUAAUAACAAGGGUAUUAGUGAUGAACCCAUUCACCUGAAAAUCUUCUCUCCACAUGUUGUGAACCUCACACUAGUGGACCUUCCUGGCAUCACAAAAUUACCAGUGGGGGACCAACCUAAUGACAUAGAGAUCCAGAUCAGGGAGCUGAUUCUAAGAUACAUUUCCAACCCUAACUCCAUAAUCCUGGCUGUGACUGCUGCCAACACCGACAUGGCGACGUCAGAGGCUCUAAAGGUGGCCCGAGAGGUCGACCCGGACGGAAGGAGGACCCUCGCUGUGGUGACCAAGCUGGAUCUUAUGGACGCUGGCACAGAUGCCAUGGAUGUUCUGAUGGGCAGAGUCAUCCCUGUCAAACUGGGCAUUAUUGGAGUAGUUAACAGGAGUCAGUUGGACAUCAAUCAAAAGAAAUUAGUGGGGGAUUCCAUUCGCGAUGAACAUGCCUUCCUACAAAAGAAGUACCCGUCUCUCGCAAACAGAAAUGGAACUAAAUAUCUGGCUAGAACGUUAAACAGGUUGCUGAUGCAUCACAUCAGAGACUGCCUUCCCGAGCUGAAGACGAGGAUCAACGUGCUGGCGGCGCAGUACCAGACUCUGCUGAACAGCUACGGCGAGCCCGUCGAGGACCAGAGCGCCACCUUGCUGCAGCUCAUCACCAAGUUUGCCGCGGAGUACUGCAACACCAUAGAGGGCACGGCCAAGUACAUCGAGACAGCCGAGCUAUGUGGCGGCGCAAGAAUCUGUUAUAUUUUCCACGAGACGUUCGGUCGCACUUUGGAGUCUGUGGAUCCACUGGGCGGCCUGAGCACCAUCGACGUGCUGACGGCGAUCAGGAAUGCAACGGGGCCGAGGCCCGCUUUGUUCGUGCCCGAGAUUUCGUUUGAGCUGCUGGUGAAGCGGCAGAUCAAACGCCUGGAGGAGCCCAGUCUGCGUUGUGUUGAGCUGGUUCACGAGGAGAUGCAGAGGAUCAUCCAGCACUGCAGCAAUUACAGCACACAGGAAUUACUAAGAUUCCCAAAACUCCACGAUGCCGUCGUGGAGGUGGUCACGUCCCUCCUCAGAAGGAGGCUUCCCGUCACUAAUGACAUGGUUCAUAACCUGGUUGCCAUUGAGCUAUCCUACAUCAACACCAAACACCCCGACUUUGCAGAUGCCAUUGGCCUCAUGAACAAUAAUCUAGAUGAGCAGAGACGCAGCAGAAUGAGAGACUUGCCUCCCUCCGUUCCCAGAGAUAAGGCAGCAGCCGCCAACCUUCAGAGCGGUUCUGUUAGUGAGCAGGGAGAUGGAGGCACAGGCAACUGGAGAGGCAUGUUCAAGAAAGGAGAGGAGGGUCUAUCGGCUGACAGGACGACACCCCAACCUCUAUCCGCCGUCAGCCCGCAGAGGGGCCACGCCGUCAACCUGCUGGAUGUGCCUGUACCAGUGUCCAGAAAGCUGUCUGCUCGGGAGCAGAGAGACUGCGAGGUCAUCGAGAGACUCAUCAAGUCGUACUUCCUUAUUGUUCGGAAAAAUAUCCAAGACAGCGUGCCAAAGGCUGUGAUGCACUUCCUGGUGAACCAUGUGAAGGACAGCCUGCAGAGCGAGCUGGUGGGUCAGUUAUACAAGACCACUCUGCUGAAUGACCUGCUGACAGAGUCUGAGGACAUGGCUCAGAGACGCAACGAGGCCGCCGACAUGCUAAAGGCUUUGCAGAAAGCCAGCCAGGUGAUUGCGGAGAUCAGAGAAACCCACAUGUGGUGAGCGUCGCCGCUCUUCAUCAGGUACCGUUCACGGCUUCUGGGAGCGUCAUCCUCACAGACCACCCGUCGCCAGCAUCUCCUCCGACCGAAUCACCAUGCCCCUCGGAGACCACUUGAAAAAAAUGCACUGACGUUGGAAGUGUUCCUCACCAGUAUAAAGUUGGAAUGCACAGAACAGCGAGGACUGUCUAUAAGUAGGGGAUGGUGUGUGGUAGCCCCUCUUGAUCAGCAUUACACGCAUACUGUAGUCCCAGAUUCUAUUUUUCUUAAUGUAAUCAUAAGCAGAAACAUGAGAAGUUUCAUGUCGCCACUGUGUGGAGUCUUGCUGGGAAACUUCUGCUCUUAUUUUAGAUUUAAAUAAAAGCUAUAAACGAUUAAACCGUA